GGAUGGAAGGGCUGGAGAACAUGGCGUUUAUUGCAAGUGCAGUGAGCCUGGUGACAUACUUGAUGGGGUAUAUGAACUUUGGGUUGACCAAAUCUGUAAACACAGUUACAAACUUCAUGGGAACAUCAUUCAUUCUAGCACUCUUAGGAGGAGUCAUUGCUGAUACAUAUUUGACAAGAUUUACCACCUGUGUCCUGUUUGGAUUCCUGGAAUUGUUGGGAUAUGCCCUAUUGACAGUACAAGCACAUUUCGAUCAACUGAGGCCAACUCCUUGCACAGAUAUUUCAAAACAAUGCGAGGCUGCAAAUACUGGCCAAGCAGCAAUUCUUUACACAGGUCUAUACUUGAUAGCGCUAGGAACCAGUGGGGUUAAGGCGGCUUUGCCACUAUUGGGAGCUGACCAGUUCGACAGCAAGGACCCUAAAGAGGCUGUGCAACUUUCAAGCUUUUUCAAUUGGUUCAUGUUUAGCCUGACGGGUGGAUCUAUAGUUGGAGUCACUUUCGUAGUGUGGAUAAGUUCUAAAAAAGGUUGGGACUGGGGUUUUGGAGUGUGCACCAUAGUAGUCUUGUUUGCAAUUGUGUUGGUUUGCAUUGGCAAGCCAUUUUAUAGGGAUAAUGCACUUAAAGGAAGCCCCAUAAUUCGAAUCCUACGGGUACUUACUGCAUCCAUCUGCAACCGAUACCUUCCAAUACCAAGAAAGGAAGAUGAACUUUAUGAGGUUUAUGACAAAGGAACACAAAAUGAAACUCUUCAGAGAACCAAUCAGUUUAGAUUCUUAGAUCGAGCAGCAGUUCAUGAUUUGACCACUUGGGGUACAUCAGCAGCAAUGACUCCAGGACCUUGGAGGCUUAGUACGGUGACCCAAGUUGAAGAAACCAAGAUCUUGCUGCGCAUGCUUCCCAUCGUAUUCAGCACAGUUUUCAUAAAUACUUGUUUGGCUCAACUCCAAACAUUCUCCAUACAACAAAGCAUGACAUUGGACACUCAUAUAUUUGGUUUUGAAAUCCCUGCUUCCUCCCUUCCUGUCAUUCCCCUAGGAUUCAACCUCAUUUUCAUUCCGAUUUAUGAACGCAUUUUCGUUCCACUAGCCCGAAGAAUAACAGGAAUUUCAACAGGAAUCCGGCAUCUUCAGCGGAUUGGAGUUGGAUUGGUGCUUUCAACAAUUUCCAUGGCAAUUUCUGGUGUGAUGGAAAACAAACGUAAAUCUGUGGCUGUUAAGCACAACAUGGUAGAUUCUAAUGAGCCACUGCCAAUGAGUGUGUUUUGGCUUGGAUUCCAAUUUGCCGUGUUUGGGUUGUCUGAUAUGUUCACAUUGGUAGGGCUGCUAGAGUUCUACCAUGCGGAGAGCUCAGCAGGAAUGAAAGGAACAAGCACAGCCCUCUCCUGGUUUUCACUAGCAUUUGGGUAUUUUAUAAGCUCGAUAGUGGUGGAGGUGGUAAACAAGGCCAGCGGGGGUUGGUUGGCUUCAAACAACCUCAACAGAGACCAAUUGAACUACUUCUAUUGGUUAUUAUCAGGGUUAAGUGCUGUUAACUUCGUCAUUUAUUUGGUGUGUGCAUCUUGGUACAAGUACAAGAACGUGAAGGAAACGAAACAAGAAGAAAUUUCUAUUCAUGGUUUUGCUGCUAAUUAAGGUCUCAAGAGGCUACUACUUAAAGAUUUUACCAUCAAUGAUAUUGAUGUAAUAAUAAGUGAAUCACAUGAAUAAGAUCUAUAUUGUAAUACCUCGAAAAUUUUUAUAGUCCUUAAUAUAGU